UCAGCCAGUAAAACAUAUGGGCUUCCGACUGGCUGGAGGGUCUAGCUGUCUCCGCGCAUUUCCUCACUCUCCGGUCUCCGCCAAGGUAUCCGCGUGUCGUCUUUCCCGCUUUUCCCUCCACAUAGAACGUCCGAGAUCUGCAGAUCUGCCAAUGGCGAAGGAUGAGGCGGCGAUGGCUUCUGGAAAACCUGGAAUCACCCAUGUCAUCUUUGACAUGGAUGGCCUCUUACUCGAUACGGAGCCAUUCUACACCGUGGUUCAAGAGAAGAUCCUGGAGAGGUUCGGCAAGACUUUCGAUUGGUCCCUCAAGGCCAAAAUGAUGGGCAAGAAGGCAAUCGAGUCCGCCCGAAUCUUCGUCGAGGAGUGCGGACUCACAGGCAUUCUAACCCCUGAAGCUUUUCUUGAGGAAAGGGAAGGCAUGCUUCAGGAGCUAUUCCCAACCUGCCAGCUCUUGCCGGGAGUCAAGCGCUUGAUCAGCCAUCUGCAUGCGAACCAGAUACCCAUGUGUGUUGCAACAGGGUCUUACAAACGGCAUUUUGACCUCAAAACACAAAGGCAUGGUGAAAUUUUCUCUGCAAUGCAUCAUAUUGUUAUGGGUGAUGAUCCAGAUGUGAAGCAAGGCAAACCAUCUCCUGAUAUUUUUCUCGUCGCUGCGAACAGAUUUGAGACGCGGGUUGAUCCAGCUGAGGUUUUGGUAUUUGAAGAUGCACCGGCUGGCGUUGCUGCUGCUAAGAAUGCAGGAAUGUCUGUAGUAAUGGUUCCAGAUCCCCGGUUGGAUGCUUCACAUCAUAAAAAAGCUGACCAAGUUCUUACAUCACUGUUGGAUUUCGAUCCAGGGCAAUGGGCAUUGCCUCCAUUUCCUGAUGAGAUAUAAAUUAAAAGGUUCCUGCAAUGCUUAUGAGCUGACAUUACGGUACACCCUCUGUGCACUGAGAAUUUCCUGUAUUCUUUGGUUACAAAUUUGCAACUCAGCUUUCGCAUUCAUGUUUUUUAAAAGCCUCAAGAGGCAAUCUUCUAUUGUUUCACAUGGAAAAUAUGUGAAGGUGCUAAUUUUUUCCAUAUUCGGAAAUUUUCACUGUUGCAUUUAAUAUUAAAACAGCGAGGACAUUAUAAUAAGAUAA